AUGGCCGGUGUGGUCAAAAUACGUUUUGAUGAGGAGGCCCCAUCUCCAACGCCCACCACUCCGGCCUCUAUCAAGCGGGCGUCUACACAGAACAGUCAGCGAAGUUUGCCAGAAAUACCGCAUCCAGUGGGGAGACCCGACAGCGGCGACACUGCUUCAGAAAUAUAUGCCACCGUGAAUUUGGAUGAAGGUAAAACAGUAGCGACUGCAUCUACGAGCCGAGACCAUCCCUACGAGCAUGCCUACGCUAAAGUCCAGAAUGAAAGUCAUAAUAUUCUUGUCGAAGUAACUACGGAUCAAACGCCUGAACGAGAAAUUCAAAUCGAUGAGCGGGAAGUAGGACAAAAUCCAGCAGAAUCUGUAAUAUCAGCGUCGGUAGCGAUAAGUGGGCAACUGCCUUCGAGUCAAGAGCUUCCUUACAUCACACCGCCAUCGCCCCGACCGAAUACUGACAACAACACACACUUCAGUGGAGAUUCCACUGAUUCAGCAAAGGGCUACACAAGCAUUUCAGUGCGAGAACCAUUGAGUAACAUUCGCGCUCAAAGUAGCAAGCCGCCGUCACAACCUCACUAUGCCACUGUGUCUGAUGAUUCCGACGAGAUGUAUGCAGCCAUCGAGGAGCCUAGCGUUGGCGAAGGUUCGGACACUUACGCGCAGAUUUCCACUGAGCCACGUCGUAGGGAUCCUACGCCAGAUCUACUGCACACCGACCCCACUCACGUUGCUAGACGUAGUGCUCCACCGGACGUCGGUGCAUCAACGUCAAACGCUACGCACUCUAGACAAGCGUCUUCCUCAUCUUGCUCGAACUCGACGGGCGCGCUGGGCUCCCCCAAGCCAGAGAAGCGACAGGCUAACUCUCCGCUACCUCCGCCGCCGCACGUAGGCUCGCACGGCGGCACGCACGCUGGCUCGCACGUCACGUCGCACGUGACGUCACACGUCACGUCGCAUGUCACGGUGCACGCCGCGGCGCACUCCUCGUCCCACGCGGCGUCACACAGCACGGCCCACCCCGCGCCGCACGCAUCGUCCCACGCCGCGCCGCGCCAGCCUGCCAUAGAACAGGCACUCGCGCAGCGACACCAACGGAUGUCAAGUACAGGUGACCUCUUCAACCAUGACAAGUUACGAAGGAGUCUCAACGAGAAACACCAACGAAACAACAGUUGUGUGAGCUCUUCAGAUUUCUAUGGCUGCAAUUACCCCGUAGAGAAGCAUAGAUUUAGUUCUGGGGAUUUGAUCAGACCACUUGUCGCCAGAGAACUAAACUUCGACAUCGACCAACGCGAUAGUCAAACUGACAACCUCUACAACUCUAUCGAUGGACCAGGUUACAGCGACUACUCUUCGGCAGAUGCUAACACUAGUUUGAAUUCGGAUCAUCGCGUAACUGAAAGUCCUUCACGGAAUGUUGAAGAAAUGUAUGCUAAAGUUAUGAAGAAAACUAAAGGUAGAACAGAAGAGAACGUUAGGCGUUCAAAAGAUUUCACAGGAGCUGAUAGUGAACCACACACGUCGAAGUUCCGAGGGGACGAUCCCGGUUACGAGACUAUCGAUCGGAAAAAGUCAAUAAACCACGGAUAUGAGACUAUUGCUCAUAAAGAGCGGAAGUCAUCACAGAAUCAGGAUCCAGGAUACGAAACUGUGAAAGACAUAAAUAAAGCAGGUCCUACGUCAAACUUUACAAACAACAAUUUGCUAAAGUUGAAUCACCUGGCUGUGGACAGUGGGCCUAAUAGCAUUGUAAGCAGUGACGCAGGCUAUGAGCAUAUUUCUAAGACUGACAACAAUGCUUCCGAUUCAGACCCCAACUAUGAAGUGCUGAGGAACCAGCCGCCCACACCACCUUACGCAACGAUCGCACCCAACUACAAAGUACAGCCAACCUACUCCACAGUAAACAAAAAGCCCAAUAAGUACAAUAAUUGGCCUGCUAAUAAUAACGAAGAACCCACCUUAGAACCAAACUACGAGUCUAUGCCGCAUGACCCUCUGUACAACACUGGCAGUGAAUCAGAUCCCAAUUAUGAGUCUGUUCGUCCCAAGGACCCUAAUUAUGAGAGUGUGAGCACGCAAGAUCCGAAUUACGAGUCAUUAAGGUGUAAGGAUCCAAAGUACGAGUCGGUUCGAUCGAAAGACUCGAAGUAUGAUUCAGUGCGUUCCAAAAAAGAUCCGAAUUAUGAAAGCGUCAAGUAUUUUGAGCUGUCAAAGAAAGAACCGCCAUACGAAAAGGUCAAUAAUGAUGCUUCAGGGAGCGCCAGUGUGGAGAGGUCAGAUUCAGCGGCGGGAUACGAGAAAAUUAGCGUACCAAACAGAAGCGAGCCGAAAAGCAGUAUUAAUAACGGAGGCGACGCCACCGUCAGUGAUUACUUUCAAGUGUAAAUGUGUAAAACAAGAAUAUUAUAUAUGACUUUGUUUAUGAACAAUGUAACAGGAAAUUGAGCUAUUAACAUGAAUAUUUUAUUAACAGUAUUCACGUAGGUUUUUGAGAUUGAGUGCUUUUUAUUUAUUUAUUAAAAUAUUUUAGGGACUGUUUACAGCACCUCAACGUUAGAUAUAAUAAGUAAUAUCUUCCUUAGGUAUCUGUGAUAUAAUAUGUAUGUUAUAAAAUUUUUGAUUUUUGUUUUUAUUUCCAUAAGAUUUUUAUAUGAGCAUUGAUAGACAUUAUGUUAUUCUGAAGGCAAGAAUAAUUUGUUACGAAAUCUCCAUUUAUUAAUGUGUUCAUAAGUGUGAUUAUUUUCUACACUUUGAUAUUAUGCUGAUGAAAUGAAUGCGUGUGUUGUAAAUUGCAUGUACAAAAUGUAGAUUGUACAUAUUUUUUUAAUUUUAGGUAAUUUAUGACUAACUUUAUUAUGAACUCUUUUAUCGUAGAGUGGAUUGACUUCGCGUUGGUCACGGUUGUCUUUGCGAGUGUGUAACUCGGUUUAAAGAGGGAGCAGACAGGUUAGUAAAAUGGUGUCGUUAAAAAUUUAAGAUGUCGAAGUAGCAUUUUUUUUAUCAAUACAUGAGUUUUUUACUUUUAAGUUUUAAUUUUUAGAUGUCAUUCCAGACAGUAAUGUGGUGCUUUAUUUUACGAAUGGUCCUUUAUGUUUAAUUUAUACUUUAAACUCAUUUGAGGUCUGGAACAAGGAGUUGUAUGAAAUCAUCGCUUUUUAUUUAUUACCGUAAAUAAAUAAUAAAACGGUGAGUGAUGUCCAAAAAUCUAAAGAAAAAUAAAGAGGCAACGACGACUUUUAUGAAUUUUGUAUAGUGAAUGAAUUUGAUUAUUUUUUAAACUUGUACCAUACUAUCGACAUUCUUCACACGACACCAAUUUAUUACACCUGUUUAGAUGGAAGAAUAUCAAAUUAAUGGAGCCUGCAUUUUAGCUUAAGACUGCCUUAUGUGUUUUGAUUAUGAAUAUAUUAUUAAUUUAUAUAAAAUUUUACAUCAACGAAUUCAAUUGAACAUCUUAAAAAAAACAUCAGCAAUUUAUUUGAAUUGUAACAUAAUUGUAACAUUUUGUUUAAUUUUUUGUUGGUUAUUUUGUUUUUAAUUUACUGUUGUAACAAAUUACACAUUAUAGUAUAUAAAAUUGUAGUGUUUUGUCCACGUUAAAAAAUGAUAACGGACAGACUCGGUUUUAGUAAGAAGUAUAAUAUGAAUUCCAGGACACAAAAAUGGGGUAUUUUUUGUAGUUUGUUUGCUGUUUGAUAAGAUUAUUAUGUACCUGAGAAUAUUAUUUUACGAUCAUCCUCUGUCCAACAAUUUAUAGUGAUGUUUGUGAAUGCACCAAAGUGAUUUUUUGGAGCAUGGUACGGCUGGUACUAAUGUGUUCAAUUAGUUAUAAUGGUUCAAACGAUUGAUGAUCAUAUCACUCGUUAGAAUUGUAUUCCUUCGCUGAAAAUACUUGGUGCAUUCCAGUACUACUGACAUUAACCAUCCAUUUACAUUAUAUUAUGUAACAUUGUGCCCUAAAAUGAGCUUUCCAUAAACUUUCUACUAUUAAUAGUAUUAAUUUUUUUUCAUGCACUGUCUCUGUCACAAUUUCAAACUACAGACUGUUAUGACUGUCUUAAAUCAUCGUUUUUCUAUAUACUAUUAUCAAUAAAAUAAGUAGAUAUAUUAUGUAUGGAUACCUAAUUUAUAAACUUGAAAGUUUAUUUUACCAUGUAUAACAAACAUGUAUUUCAUUAUAAUUUUUGUAAUCUAAAGCACAAUUUACAAUGUAACUUCACGUAUCGAUUGACUGUAAUAUUAUUGUACUUACCUAUAUACUUAUGGAACUUGAAUGAAUGUAUCAUAAUUAGAAUCUGUAUAAUAUUCAAACAAACUCGAAAACAUUCCAACAACUAAUAGAUCCAGUGAAUAUACUACCUAUAUUUAAUGGAAUAAAGUAUGCCAUAUAAAAC